AUGGAGAUUAUUGUAGCACCCAGAAUUCUGUUUGAGAUUUCAAGAUUAUUAAACACUGGUUUGGAUAUGGAGACCUUAUCUAUUUGUGUGCGGCUUUGUGAACAGGGGAUAAAUCCAGAAGCAUUGUCAUCUGUUAUUAAAGAACUACGUAAGGCUACAGAAGCUCUAAAGGCUGCUGAAAAUAUGACAGGCUGACAUGAGAGAAGAUUUCUUCAUGAGAUGAAUGCCAAACUGUAGAGUUAACAGAGGAUUUGAAGAUUGGCUGCUGUUCAGAAAUACAAAAUGAAGUUAGUGUGUGUGAAGGUUUCAGAAUGCUUCUGUAAUCUUGAAAAGGAUGAUAUACAGAAUAGCUUUAUUGUAAAGUUUAAUAAGAUAAACCCACCAGUAGUCUCAUUACUCUUUAUUACUUGGUUUUUUUAGUGAACCAUGUGUGAAUAUAAAGCUAUUUUUUCUUCUACAUGCAAUAUUUUUUAAACCAUGAAAAAUACUGCACACUCACUGAACUUACUGGUGUGUAACCACUAGCAUAGUUAUAAUUAACAUGGCUUGUUAAUGCAUCCUUCAGAAGUGCUAAUAUAUCCCGUUUUUAUCUUUUGGCAUUGAUGUGAAACUGCAUGUACAAUUUUAACUUUUCUUUACGGACAAGAUAGGAAUGAGGGCUCUCCUGACUUGAUUUUUAAUUAGUGUGGGAAAUUAAUGUAAUGACUGAAGUCUCCAUUUGAAAGUAAGAAAUAAAGCACUUUUGAUAAUGAAGAUAAUGAAUUGUCCUUUUAAUUGUGAAUUAAAACAUUGAAAAGUGUUUUUAACAUGGAUCGGAAAGGAGCUUCAAUAAAUGCUGAAAUGUAUGUAAAUUUGAA